GCGGGCGCGCCGGCGCGCGCAGGCGCGGUGACGCGUGCGUGCGUGCCGUGCGCGCUGACGUUGCGCGGCGGCUACGGCGCCUCGGUGUGCGGCUGGCGGGGCCCGACGGGCCGCGGCGGCGGCGGGAUCUCGGGGGCUCUCGGCGGCUGCACAGCGACGCCGGGGGGGGGCCGCCGGGCCGCCCCGCUUCCGGGGGGGGGGGUCACCGCCGACCCCUCGCCCGGGCCCCACACCGGGGGGGCCCCCGGCGCCGCCGCCGCCGAGCCGAAACCAUGUGAAGGGGGGCCCGGCCGGGCCUGCGUCCCCCCCGCCGCACCGCCGCCGCCGCCCCCCCCCGCCGCCGCCGCCGCUGCCCCCCCCCGCCGCCGCCGCCGCCACCAUGAUGUUCCGGGACCAGGUGGGGAUCCUGGCGGGGUGGUUCAAGGGCUGGAACGAGUGCGAGCAGACGGUGGCCCUGCUCUCGCUGCUCAAGCGCGUCACCCGCACCCAGGCCCGCUUCCUGCAGCUCUGCCUCGAGCACUCGCUGGCCGACUGCGCCGAGAUCCACGUCCUCGAGGCCGAAGCCAACAGCGCCGCCGUCAUCAGCCAGUGGCCGCAGGAGCCGAAGGAGAAGGCCAUCUCGCUGCUGCUGUCCCACCUGCCGCUGCUGCAGCCGGGCAACGCGGAGGCCAAGGCCGAGUACAUGAAGCUGCUGCAGAAGGUGCUGGCGUUCGCCAUCGAGAGCAACCAGUUCGUGGAGGAGAGCCGGCAGCUGCUCUCCUACGCCCUCAUCCACCCCGCCACCACCCUGGACGACCGCAACUCCCUGGCGCUGUGGCUGGGCCACCUGGAGGAGCGGCUGGCGGGGGCCCGGGGCCGUCCCGAGGCCGCCUUCGCCGCCCGGCCGCCCGGGGACGAGUGGCAGGGCCCCGGCGAGGCGGCGCUGGCCGAGCUGGGCCCCGGCUGGCAGGACAAGGCGCCGCGCGAGAACGGUCACUCGGGCUUCCACCCCGCCGGCUCCGGGCCCGCCGCCGGUAACAGCCUCGGCGGGGGCCCAGCCCUGCCCUGCCAGCUGCCCGGCAGCCCGCUGAAGCGCCCGCUGGCCCUGGCGCCCGGCGCCGAGUGGCCCGAGGAGCCGCCGGCGCGGCCCCCCUUCGCGGCCCCCCCCCCGGGCGAGCACGCGCCCCUCUCGCCCCAGAGCAGCGUGGCCUCCUCGGGCAGCGAGCACACCGAGGAGCCCGCCGGCGGCCGCAACACCUUCCAGGAGGACGGCAGCGGCAUGAAAGACGUCCCCUCGUGGCUCAAGAGCCUCCGGCUGCACAAAUACGCCGCCCUCUUCUCCCAGAUGACCUACGAGGAGAUGAUGACCCUCACGGAGCAUCACCUGGAGUCGCAGAACGUCACCAAGGGGGCCCGGCACAAGAUCGCCCUCAGCAUCCAGAAGCUGCGCGAGAGGCAGAGCGUCCUCAAGUCGCUGGAGAAGGACAUCCUCGAGGGGGGGAACCUGUGGACGGCGCUGCAGGAGCUGCAGCAGAUCAUGGUGACGCCCAUCAAGGCCUUCCGGCCCCCCGCGGCGGCACCCCCCGCCGCGCCCCCCCCCGCCGCGCCCCCCGCCAACGGGGCCCCCGCCAAGGACCCCCCCGGGGAGGCCUUCGCCCCCCACCCGGCCGCCGACGCCGAGGCCCCCGCCGCCCCCGUGCCCGAGGGCGACAUCCCCGGGCAGUUCACCCGCGUCAUGGGCAAGGUGUGCACCCAGCUGCUGGUGUCGCGGCCGGACGAGGAGAACAUCACCAGUUACCUCCAGCUCCUCGAGAAGUGCCUGACGCACGAGGCGUUCACGGAGACGCAGAAGAAGAGGCUCCUCUCCUGGAAGCAGCAGGUGCUGAAGCUGCUCCGGGCCUUUCCCAAGAAGGUGCCGCUCGACGUCCCCGGCUACCGGCCCCCCAAGGGCUGGGCCUUCGGCUCCAACUCGCUCCCCAUAGCUGGCUCUGUGGGGGGGGCGGGGGGGCGGCGGGGGCAGCGCCCCUUCGCCCUGCCCCCCCGGGCGCUGCCCCCCGCCCGCCUGGGGCUCCUGGGCCCCGCCGCCAUGGGGGGGGGGCCCGGCCCCGCCCCCCGGCACCCGCUGGGUGGCCCCGCCGCCGCCCAGGGCCGGCAGAGCCUGUGGUUCGCCAACCCCGGGGGCAGUAACAGCGUGCCGGGGCAGAGCCGCAGCGCGGUGCAGCGCACGCACUCGCUGCCCGUGCACACCUCGCCGCAGGCCGUCCUCAUGUUCCCCCAGGAGUGCCAGCUGCCCGGCACCGACCUGGAGAUCAACCCGACGCUGGAGUCGCUGUGCCUGAGCAUGACGGAGCACGCGCUGGGCGACGGCACAGACAAGACCUCGACCAUCUGACGGCGCCGCCACCUCCCUCCUCGCUGCCCCCCCGCCGUUACUGCCCCCCCUUCCCCCCCCCAGGGUGUCACGGGGCAAACGGGGGCACCGUGUCCCCCCACCGUGUCCCCCCCCCCCGGGGACGAGUCACCCCGGAGCCCCCUCCCCACCCGGGGGGGCAUCGAGGCCCCCAAAAUGGGGGCUGGGGGGGGGGGAUUUGCCCUCUUGGGGGGGGGAUUUACCCCUGGGGGGGGGAUUAGCCCCCUUGGUGGGGUGAAUUUGCCCCCUUGGGGGGGGGAUUUACCCCCGGGGGGGGGAUUUGCCCCCUUGGGGGGGGGCAAUUUGCCCCUGGGGGGGGGGAACCAGGGGCAAACCUCCCCCCCCCCAGGCCAGGGGAGCAUCGGGGCCCCCCCAAACCCCAGCGACCGAGGGGCUCCCAUGGCGGGCGGGGGGGGCUGAUGAAUUUGCCCGGGGGGGGGGGGGCACCGUGCGCGCACACGCGUGUGCAACGCGUGCAAACACUACAGGGGGCGGGGCUUGCACGGGGGGGCGGGGCGGGGGCGGGGCUCUCCCGGGCCUCCUCUUUUUUUGGUGUUUCACUAUUUUUUUUUUUACCCCCCCCCGGUUUUUUUUGGCCUUUUCUCUUUAUUAUUAUUAUUAUAAUAUUAAUAUUAUUUGCCCCGGCG